AUGUCAAACCCGGCACCUGCCGGCGGUGCCGGUGAUCGACCCUCGAAGCGUUACCUCGCUCCCCGCCAGGAGCAGCAAGGACAACCCGCCCAGGGAGAACAGCAACAACAAGGCGGCCAGCAGCAAGGUGGUCAAGCUCCGGCUGGAAACGGCCAACAGCAGGGCGGCGACCAGCAGCAGGGAGGCCAACAGCAAGGCGGCAACCAGCAGCAAGGUGGUCAGCAACAGCAGGGCGGCCAGCAACAAGGCGGUCAACAGCAAGGCGGCGACCAGCAGCAGCAGAACGGCCAGCAGCAGGGCGGUAACCAGCAGCAAGGCGGACAGCAGCAGGGUAAUCAGCAGCAGGGUGACCAGCAGCAGGGCCAGCAGCAGCAGGGCGGACAACAGCAGGGUGGCCAGCAGCAGGGCGCCCAGCCGAGCCCUCAGCAGCAACAGCAGGGUGCUCAGCCAAGUGGGGGGCAGCAGCAACAGGGUCAGCAGCAGCCUUCCGGUAACGGGCAGCAGCAGAAUGGUGGCCAACCGAGUGGCCAGGCUUCUGCCCAAGGCGGCGCCUCAUCCGGGGCCUCAGGCCAACCUGCGUCACCGACUCCUUCCGGCGCCUCCGCUUCGGCCUCUGCAUCCGCGCAACCCUCCCACGACGACGGCGGUGAAUGGGCCAGCGUGAGCCAAGAGCCUGUUACCACCACGUUCAAAGGCUCAAACAGUCCGUCUGAGUACAUUGGCGACAUCGCCAAGCAGAAGUCUGGCUCAACGCUGAGCCCCGGCGCCAAGGGUGGUAUCGCUGGUGGUAUCGUCGGUGGCCUUGCCGCCAUUAUUCUCGCCUUUGUGUUGUGGCGUAUGUGCCGCGGGCGUGGUAAGAAACUCCCACCACCAGCGCCUCGAGACAUGUCGCAAGAGUACCGACCACCGUCCUACGCACGUCAUUCCAAUUCGCGGGGCCCGUCCAUGACCAUGGCUCGUUCCUAUUCCACAUUGCUCGGGCCCCCUCAGCGUCCUGCAUCGCAUUUUGACUCAUACAGCUCGACGUCGUCCCAGAAGUACGGUACAAACUCGACCCCGUCGGGAUCGCCGUCGUUGUCUUCGUCUGGCACAGGCACAAACACCCCCGGCGGAGUUCCCGUGACGGCCGCUGGCAGCCCGCUGAAUCUGUACCGUGACGGUUCCACCGCCUCGAGCGGCUCCGGCAGCGGAGACGGGUCUAACGGACUCAUUCCGCGCGGCGCUUCAGGUGACCAGCUGCGCGCCCCGACGCCCUCGGACCCGCAGGGCAGCGAGUUUGACUCGCGCACGAAUUCCUCCGACUCGCGCGCCAACUCGCCCCGCCCCUCGUCCUUAUCGCUCGGCAGCUCGGGAGUGCGCCGUUCCGUUCCGGGCAUGCCGCGGUAUCCGCAAGCGUCUUUGCGCGGUGCGCCGCAUAGCGGACGUCAGGUGCAGAUUACUGUGCCGCGCCCGCUGAGCAUUGCGUCCAGCGCUGUGCCCGACUCGCCCAGUCAGGCGACGUACCCCUCCUCCCGCGGCGGGUCGAUGUACUCUGCCCCGCCGUCGCAGCGCGGGAGCUACACGGCCGGAUAUCAGGCGCAGCGACAGUCGAGCUACGGCGAGUUUGGCGCGGCAGCGGCGGUGCCCAGCGAUGUGGGGGCUGGCAGCAAUGACACCGGCCAGAGCUGGGCGGACAGGACCGGUUUCCCGGACCGGCGCCUGCAAAAGUUGCAAAGUUGCACAUGCCGCGCGCUGCGCUCGCAGAUUUCCGUCGUCUCAUGA